AUGGUGUACACUUCGUUGACUGAAGCCCCUCGUAAUUUCAGGGAGGGUAUUGACUGGUUAGUAGCUCUGAAGCGAAAUGGUUUCGAGAAUAAUUUGAAGGCUAUUAGUGAUGCAGUUUACAACUUUCUCGCAGACAAACCGGUUGGAUCUGCCCAGUUGCCAGCUUUCCAAAAUGUUAAACUCAUUACAAAAGAGUUUAUGGAACAAGAGGAGCUUAAAGACCAUCUACCCGUAAAACUGAUGCUGACGAGAUUCAAUAGGCCUAAGGAUGAAAAAACCAAUGUCUUUGCAAUGGUGCUUAACGCUGCUGGCGAUAGAGAUGAUACGCAUAUCGGGGAGAAGUGGCGUUUCAAUGCUGAAAACAUUGCACAGAACUUAACUAAAACUGUGAAUGGCUGUGAGAAGUUCUUGGAAAAUGUGAAAAUCCCUAAUCAGUACGAAUCUGCUUACAGCUCAGAAGCGACGUGGGAAAAAUCAUGUUCCGAAAAGCCGGAAAAUUGUGCAGCUGUCUUCGUGGGUAUUGCGCCAAUGUUGUACACUGGGUUGAUGUCUUUGUUGUAUGCGACCGAUGCUGAUGAAUUUACGUUGUCUCCAUUUAAGGCGAAGAAGAACUUAGGAGAUCUAUUGAACGCUUUGCGAUACGUAAAGCCGGAAUGUCGCACCGACAUGAGUCGUUCAGACGUAGUCAACGCGCUGAACUGUGUGGAGCACCCUGCGUUUGAGACGCUUCACCAGCUAUCCGAAUUCUGGAUUUUCCAUGGAUCGAACAAUGAUGGUGCUGUAGAGGGUAUGGAAGCUGCAAAAUCCGCAGGCGUUGAAGAAGUUAUAGAACCCGUAAAUGCUGCAGAACCUGUAAAUGCCUUAAAAGCUGAGAAACCUGGGAAGCCAGAAAAAUCGGGUAAAUCUGGAAAGUCUGGCAAGUCUGGAAGAUCCGGAAGAUUAGGGAAGUCCGGAAAAUCUGGAAAGUCUGGAAAAUCGAAAAAAUCUGGCAAAGCUUAA